CUCUUUUACACCGUCAACUGUCGCGCUCGCUCUCACUCUCGCUCUCACUCUCACUCUCACUCUCUGUAUACAGCGUUGAAGGUUUGAAUGCAAAGAUGCUAUGGGUGGACAAGUACCGACCCAAAACCUUAGACCAUGUCAUGGUCCACCAAGACAUCGCCCAAAACCUCAAGAAACUGGUCACGGAGCAGGAUUGCCCGCAUCUGCUCUUCUAUGGUCCUCCGGGCUCCGGCAAGAAAACCCUAAUCAUGGCCCUCAUUCGUCAGAUGUUCGGCCCUAGCGCUGAGAAGGUGAAGGUGGAGAAUAAGACAUGGAAAGUCGAUGCUGGAAGUAGAACUCUUGAUAUAGAGCUUACCACAUUGUCAAGCACCAACCAUGUGGAACUGAGUCCCAGUGAUGCAGGGUUUCAGGACAGAUAUGUUGUUCAAGAAAUAAUUAAAGAAAUAGCUAAAAAUAGACCUAUUGACACAAAAGGAAAAAGAGGAUUUAAAGUAUUAGUGCUCAAUGAGGUAGACAAACUUUCGAGAGAAGCCCAACAUUCUCUCCGAAGAACUAUGGAGAAAUAUAGUGCUUAUUGUAGACUUAUACUAUGCUGCAACAGUUCUUCAAAGGUUACUGAAACCCAAAACGCACGUUUGGAGCAUCAAAAGCUCGUUUCAGCCAAAAUACAGUUGUUUGGUAAAAUGGUUGUGAAAGUGCUUUUGAAGUUUCAAACGUUGAAACUCACGUUUGAGCAUAAGCUGAAUAAUGAAGCUUCUGCUCAAAUGGACGAUUAG